CCCACCAUGCCUCUCCCUGGACCCUAGUCUACCGAGUCCUGUCUGAGGCGUCGCGCUUGCUCUGGGGUCCGGGCAUCUGCAGCACUCCUGGAAGGUGAGCCGCAGAGGCUGCAUCGCUGGCCAGGCGCGGCAGGGCGCGUGGAGGGUGUGGGACUCUUUGACGCAGCGGAGGGGUUUCACAGAGCCAAAGAGCCGCCAUCUUUGGUCCAGUGCGGCGGUGGUGGUGGUGCUGGCGGCGGCGGCGGCGGCGGCAGCAGCUGCUGCUGUGGUGAAGGAGGAGGAGGAGCUGAGCGGUGCUGGCACCGAGGCCUGACCAUGGACGAGGAAUACGAUGUGAUCGUGCUGGGGACCGGUCUCACCGAAUGCAUCCUGUCAGGCAUCAUGUCCGUGAACGGGAAGAAAGUGCUGCACAUGGACCGGAACCCAUACUACGGGGGCGAGAGCUCAUCCAUCACACCCCUGGAGGAGCUAUACAAGCGCUUUCAGUUGCCAGAGGGUCCCCCUGAAUCAAUGGGCCGGGGCCGAGACUGGAAUGUUGACCUGAUCCCCAAAUUCCUCAUGGCCAAUGGGCAACUGGUGAAGAUGCUACUGUAUACAGAAGUGACCCGCUACCUGGAUUUCAAGGUGGUGGAAGGCAGCUUUGUCUACAAGGGGGGCAAGAUCUACAAGGUGCCCUCCACAGAGACUGAGGCCUUGGCUUCAAAUCUCAUGGGCAUGUUUGAGAAACGCCGCUUCCGAAAGUUCCUAGUGUUUGUGGCAAACUUUGACGAGAAUGACCCCAAGACCUUUGAGGGCGUGGAUCCCCAGACUACCAGCAUGCGUGAUGUCUACCGGAAGUUUGACCUGGGCCAAGAUGUGAUCGACUUCACUGGCCAUGCCCUGGCUCUCUACCGCACUGAUGACUACCUAGACCAGCCCUGUCUUGAGACCAUCAACCGCAUCAAGUUGUAUAGCGAGUCUUUGGCCCGGUAUGGCAAGAGCCCGUAUCUAUACCCACUCUAUGGCCUGGGUGAGCUGCCCCAGGGCUUUGCAAGACUGAGUGCCAUCUAUGGAGGAACCUACAUGCUGAACAAACCCGUGGACGACAUAAUCAUGGAGAAUGGCAAGGUGGUGGGUGUGAAGUCCGAGGGAGAGGUGGCCCGCUGCAAGCAGCUGAUCUGUGACCCCAGCUACAUCCCUGACCGUGUGCGGAAGGCUGGCCAGGUCAUCCGCAUCAUCUGUAUCCUCAGUCACCCCAUCAAGAACACCAACGAUGCCAACUCCUGCCAAAUCAUUAUACCCCAGAACCAGGUCAAUAGGAAGUCAGAUAUCUACGUGUGCAUGAUCUCUUAUGCACACAAUGUGGCCGCACAAGGCAAGUAUGUUGCCAUCGCCAGCACCACAGUGGAGACGGCGGACCCAGAGAAGGAAGUUGAACCUGCUCUUGAGCUGCUGGAGCCCAUUGACCAGAAGUUCGUGGCGAUCAGCGACUUGUAUGAGCCCACCGAUGAUGGUUCUGAGAGCCAGGUGUUCUGCUCCUGUUCCUAUGAUGCCACCACACACUUUGAGACGACCUGUAACGACAUCAAAGACAUCUACAAACGCAUGGCUGGCUCGGCCUUUGAUUUUGAGAACAUGAAGCGCAAACAGAACGAUGUCUUUGGAGAAGCUGACCAGUGAUUGCUGGCUCCUGCCCCAGCCCCUGCUGCCCUCAAUCCUGUGUCUAUUCUCCUCCAGGGCUGGGGAGAUGUAUGGCUGGGCACCCCUGUUCCCAGCAUCUUCUGCUUCCCCCACAUUCCUAUCACCCACCUCACUGAUUCACUGACCAAAUCCUUAACCUUAGCGAUGGUUUGGGAGAUGGGGGUUGGAUAACAUGCUCAUUCUCGGCCUUUCCUUGUCCUAGGAAAAGAGGACUCCUCCCUGUGUCUCCCCCACCUGUAACUCUUCCGCUGUGUUUGGGAAGGAUGCGGAGGAGAGCUGACUUCUGCCCCCAUCGCUCUUACCCCGCUGUAGUGGCCUUUGGAGAUGCCCCUGCCUCCCCCAGCAGCUCUCCUGCGUGUUGGAGAGAAGGGGCCCUCCCAGCACAAAUUGCAUUCCUCCCCUGUAAUUUAUUCUAAUUUAUUAACCAACUCCCACCCCAAGUCAGCCUCCAGCCAGGAGGGAAGGGUGGAGGGGAGGGAAGAAGGCAUAGGCGUGGCUCUGUUGGAGGUUGAUCUCCCUGUUUUUAUUCUUUGUCUUUGUGUUUGUGUUCUCUGAUACUUGCUGAGAAGAGCUGUGUGCAAAGCAAAAGGAGGUGGGAAAGUGGACCCAAGACCCAUGUGCCCCACCCCAUACCUUCCCUUUAGUGGUGGGAAACCCUUACCUUGCAAAGUGAAUGUGUCCCUUUCCCCAACCUCUAGUAUAUUUCUCAGAAAACAAGAUCUCCCAAUAAACUGUGUUGAAACCUGA